AUGGAGUUGUCUGACACGCAAAUUCAUAUUCUUGUGAACGCUGUGAUGUCGAUGUUGGGCUUUAUUGUUUGUUACAACAUCAUCCCAAAGUUCAGAGCGAUGUUUAUCAAUGCCCACCUCUAUGGAGUAGACAUGAGCAAACGAGAAAAGAUAAAAAUCCCGGAAUCUCAAGGAAUGAUAUGCGGUGCCAUUUUCCUAGUUAUUAUGUUUCUGUUUAUCCCAGUGCCAUUUUACAAGCAUAUUCUGACCGACAAUUUGACGAAUUCUUUCCCACAUCAUGAGUAUAUAGAGUACAUAGCCGCCUUACUGUCCAUAUGCUGCAUGAUAUUUUUGGGAUUUGCUGAUGACGUCUUGGAGCUGAAGUGGAGACACAAACUGUUUCUGCCGACCAUGGCAUCUUUACCAUUGUUAAUGGUGUACUUUGUUAACUUUGAUUCAACUGUUAUAAUAGUUCCUAAACCCCUGCGCUUUUAUUUGGGUCACGAUGUAGAUUUAGGAAUAUUGUAUUAUGUUUACAUGGGAAUGUUGGCUGUAUUUUGCACCAAUGCUAUCAACAUUUUGUCUGGAGUGAAUGGGUUGGAAACUGGACAGUCUCUUAUCAUUGCGCUGUCUGUGCUUACCUUUAAUUUCAUUGAACUGAAUGGGCGUUGCAGAGAAGCACAUGUCUUCAGCAUAUAUUUCAUUUUACCAUACACUGCUGUCUGUCUGGCCAUUUUCAUACACAACUGGUACCCGGCAGAUGUAUUUGUGGGAGACACUUUCUGCUAUUUCUCAGGAAUGACAUUUGCAGUAGUGGCAAUUUUAGGACACUUUAGCAAGACUAUGUUACUCUUUUUUAUACCCCAAGUCUUCAAUUUUAUAUACUCCGUACCCCAGCUUUUUAAAAUGGUGCCAUGUCCAAGACAUCGAUUGCCCAAAUAUGAUCCAAAAAGUGACACAGUGAGAAUGAGUACAACAACCUUUAAGUAUCAGAAUUUAAACAUUCUUGGAAAGUUUUCUGUGACUGUGUUCAGGAUGUUGUACUUGCUGGAUGUGAGGGAAGGUGUGGGGGAGGAGAACCAGCUUAUGGAGUGUAAUAACAUGACUCUUAUAAACCUGCUCCUGAAAUUUUGUGGGCCUCUUCAUGAAAAGACUCUAGUCACCAUCUUGUUAGCAAUACAGAAACACAUGGCCAAUUUCAACUGACUUGGCACAAACUCUUCCCAAGUUUUAUGCAGCGUUCUUGCAUUUGGAAUAAGGUACCAGCUGUCCAAGGUUUUUUACGAUUAGGGAAUUCCAAAGAAGGAUCAUUAGAAAGCCAGUUUUGUACAUGUAUUGAGGAUAAUAACAUUUUUAUGCCAAAGGCUAUUUAUACAACUUAACAAGACUUGUGAAGCUGUAAGCUUCCAUUUGCUCAACUUUCAGAGUGUAAAAUCGUGAUUCUAUGUUUUAUGUUAUAUUUGAUGGAUUUUCAUAUCAUUAAAUUCCAUUUUUGAUAUACAGUUCCACAAAGAAAAAUAGAAUUUUUCAAUAACUUUGAAAAAGAUUGUUUAGAAAUCAAGGAUAAAUCAUUUUCUUACCAAAAAAAGGCAACCUCAUUAAAUCACAUUCAAGCAUCCUCAUGUAGUGUUCAAAAUUUGUUUCAAUUUUCUGAGAUCUUAAUCAGUAUAUAAGCAAGGUGAUUUUGUUCAUCAACCUCUUGGUAUGGAACAUAGUUUUAUGUGUAUUUUUGAAAAAGAGAACCUUCAACAGAAAAUUCUUAACCUUAAAAGUUGACUAAAUUUGAAGUGUUACUAAAUACAUGUACAUAUUUAGUAUUGUUUAUUUCACAAAAUAUCAAAUCUCUAUCUCUUAAAAAUGCCCAUAUAAUAUCAGGUCUCCAAAUAUCAAAUCACGGUGUCUUUUUACACUGUAACAUGUCUAUAAAAUAUCAAGUCUCUGAGUAUCAGAUCUUGGUAUCUCUUUAAAAUGUCUUUAAAAUUCGCAGAUCAUAAACUUGUUGCAUUCCACUACUGAAUAGCAAUUAAUACUAUGUAAUCACCUAAUUUGAUAUCUACCCAUUAAUGUAUCGUUUUAUUUACAGAGUGUGAUCCAAGUUACUGUAGUAAUAAUACAUAUGAACUGAAUAGUAAUACAUCACACAUAAAUGUGCUGCAGCAUUAUUUUUCAUGUACAUAUAUAAAGUGCAGUUUUUGUUGGUUUAUAGAAUACAUGUUUACUGAUAGGAAUAUGUGCUACCUUAUGUUGUAAAGCCGUAUAUAGAUUUACUGAUGUUCAAAACCACCAGACUUUUAAAUUUCUAGAUAGGAUCUGGUUUGUCCAAAAUACUCUAAUUUGGCCAAGAUUUGUUCUGCAUUUAUACAGUGGUAACAACAUUUUUGAAAAUGGUAUGACUGCACAGUGUAUGGUUAUUAUCAAGAGAUAAUGUCUAAAAAUAAAUCUAGUCAGUCAGAGAGAAAUAAAGUAUAAUAUAAACUGUCA